GGACGCACCGCGCGUUUGUGAAGCAGCCAUUAUACUCACAUAGAAGUAUCCCCCUCCAGAUUCACGGCAAGUUGUAGCAAGUUGCAAAAAUGAGUGGCCGUAAUCAAUUCGAUUUAACCCCUGAAGAACGAAGUAUUUUGGAGAGAAGGGCUCAAAUACGGCAACUUAACCGGGAACAAUAUUUAAAACUGGUUCACAAUCCACACAAAACAAGCGGUGGAUACAUGCUUGAUGCUGGUAUAGAACGUUUUAUGGCACUGAAUGCUAAAGCAGUUGAGUACUUUAAACCAUCAAUUAAAAGUGGUCUCAUAUCGUUCGCUGUGACUGUAGUGCCUGUGUUUGGAUAUGCAUAUCUCAUCAAAAGCGAGCGAAAUCAUAAAGAACAUCUAAUUCGGACUGGUCAACUUAGUUACAGGGAUAGGACUGGCAAGCUUGUAUAGAUCAACAACAUUUGAUCACUUGUAGAAACAGUACUGAUAUUGAAUAAAGAGAAAGAAAUCUGUUACUACUUUUGAAAUUUUGGAAAAAUUUAGAACAAAGUUGCAUAUAGUUUGCACAAUUCAUUUCUAUGAAUUAUUUUGAUUUCUUCAAUGUCUGUUUGUGAACUCAAUUUCAAACCAUUUUUCUAAUUCGUUUUGAUAUAUUCAUAAGAACAUUGAAACAUAACAGUCGAAAAUGAACUCACGUAGAUUACAUUUUUCUGCAUCUUAAUAAUCUUAUAUUUAAAUCCAUUCGAAAUACUUGCAGAUAGUGUAGAACAAGUUAUAAAGUUUAAUUAUACAAAGUAAAUAUAUAAUUUUCUAAAAUACUUUUAUUCAUCGAUCUUCAAGCUGUUUAUCUCGAGCUACGACUGCAUCAUCAAAUUUGACCAUAUAUGUUGUCCCUUUAUGCCAGUGUGCCGUCACUUUUGCAGGCUGCAAGAAUCACAACCGAUUACAUGUCAUCGUACAUAAUAUUUCAAUUUGCCACAUCCAACUUAAUAUGUAGCAGUGAUUAUCUCAUAUUUUGAAACAAAUUAUUUUAUAACCAAUUAAACUAAGGAAAUAAAGAUUUUUAAUUUUAAAA